AUAAUUGUGGCGUCACGUGACCGCGAUCCUUCCCCUCGAGUGACCCCUGGAGAGGUUUUAAGCGACGCCUCCUCCUCUUCCUCCUCCUCCUCUUCCUCCCCCCAGUCGGCGGCAGGCAGGCGCGAUGGACGACUGCGCACGCUUCGGGCUGGCACUGUCCGCGGCCGCGGCCGUCGGCCUCGUCAACGCCGUGCUGGCGCUGAGAUGGGCGCUCCACUUCAGGGAGGGCUUCGGCUGGGACGGCGGGCCGGCCCAGUUCAACUGGCACCCGGUUCUGAUGGUGACCGGGUUUGUCUCCCUGCAGGGAAUGGCUAUUAUUGUGUACAGGCUCCCAUGGACGUGGAAUUGGAGCAAACUAACGAUGAAGUUCAUCCACGCGGGUCUGAACUUGUUGGCCUUCAUUUUUGCCGUCAUAUCCUUAGUGGCAGUGUUCGACUUCCACAAUACUGCAGCUAUCCCCAAUAUGUAUAGCUUGCACAGCUGGGUGGGACUUGCAGCUGUAAUACUCUACUGUCUACAGCUCGUUUUAGGAUUAGGUAUGUACCUAAUACCUAUCACACCCGUGUCCUGGAGAGCAAUGUUUAUGCCCCUGCAUGUCUACAGCGGCCUGUUCAUCUUUGCCAGUGUUAUAGCCACUGCACUCAUGGGCAUCACAGAGAAACUGAUUUUUGGCCUGAAGGACCCAAAGUAUAAAGACUCUCCCCCAGAGGCAAUUUUCGUAAACUUUCUGGGAGUUCUGAUGGUGGUUUUCGGGGCCCUCAUCCUCUGGAUUGCCACUCGAAAAUCUUGGAAACGCCCCAGUGACCAGAUCUUGCACUCUCUGCAUACCGACAGGGGAGGUGAAGCCAACACCAUAAUCAGUCCAACUCUGUCUCAGCUUUCUGACCGAGUAGACGCCGAAGCCCGUGGCGAUAUCCGAAAAAGAAGCAGUACGUCUGGUGAUUUGGAUCCGGACAACUGAUUCACAAAGCCAAUUCUGUCUUCAGCAGGAAAUAUCCGUUCUACGCUGAAAGAAAAUGUUAACUUUGUAUAGCCUUUUAUAUGGCACUCCUGUCUCAGACUGUCCCUAAAUAGCACCUUAAAAUGUCUCUUUAAUACACUGGCAUUUGAGCAUGUAUUGCAGUUUUUCUUUCGUCAAACACUUGCUGUAUCUUAGUGUAAGAAAUAUUGCUGAUCCUUUGUGUAUAUACAUACUUUGACAGUUGCAAAGACGAUAACGGAUGAAAAGACUCUACCACUAUUCCACGACUUAUUUGCAACAUUUCUAUGAGGUCUAAGUUUUUCAGCAUUUUGUGGUAAUGGUCUAAAUAUACUUUGUAAUACAAAUUAUUUCUGCA